AUGAGAUGCGGAACUCUAAAAGAGUGUCAAAACGGCGUUCUCGCUCACCACGACGAAGACGAUCGCGUUCUCCUCGACGACGAUCGGAUUCUCGAGAUCGAUCUCGUCGAAAUAGAUCCCGAUCUGGCUCUCGAAGACGAGCGGAUAGACGAAGCCGCUCUAGGAACGGUUCAAAUGCGAUUUCUUUGUCUAUUUAUACCGAUUGCCAACUGCGGUAGAUUAUCGAAGGCGAGAAGCUGA